AUGCCACCAACAAUGCAGCGCCGUAGCUCAAUCGAUGACCGCACAGAAUCGGAGAUGGCGUUUCCGGAAUUCGAUAAAAAACCUGCUUGCAUCCACGUACUGCUGCUGAACAAAACUAUUCGACUAUUUUUCGUGCUUGGAAUAGCAGCGGUCGUAAUUCCAGCGUUUGCCUAUCUAUUCUUCUUCUCGCAGGAAAUUGGCCACGCCCCAAAGCAGCAAUUGGUUGGAACAUGCGGUCAUCCAACCUUAUAUCACAUACAGUGCGGUUUCGUUAAUAUUUCCCAAGAAGAGUGUCACUAUCUGGAUUGUUGCUACACGAGUUUAGCCACCUGUUACCACACCCUACCGUCGGAAUACCAGUACCGACUGGACGAAGGUGACUGGUAUGAUGGGGCAAUCCUAACACCUACCCAAAACAAGACCCCAUACUAUCUGCCACCUUCCAGCAAAAUUCAAAUAAAACUAACCGUACUCGAACAAACUCGAAUACAACUCUCGCUAGACGUGAUUCGGGAUGGUGUCAGUCAACCGGACAGUACCCAAUCGCAAAACACGGUAGAGACGGCAGAACUGCAAGCCCAAAUCUACGCACCAACCUUCUUUGUGGAGGUAAAACGUAAAGCAAAUGAGGAGAUUAUAUUUUCCUCCGCCAGAGGGCCUCUGGUUGUGACGGACAGUUUCCUCGAAUGGACCCUGUAUCUUGGAGUGGACAUACUGUUCGGUCUGGGUGAAGCCGUACUGGAACCCGGCCGAAAAUACUUGCUGCUCAACAAUCAAAAUUCUUCCACCGUUCCCGUUAUCAUGGGAUACAACGCAAAAACCAACCAAUUCAAUGGGAUUGUAUUCAACAGUCCCGGGAUGAUGGAAAUCGAAAUCGUUCGUUCCCGGUUGAUUGUGGUUCGUAGUCAGUUUACGGGAUUUUUUCAGCUGGAACUACUGCCGGGACCGAAUCCGGUUGACCUGCACCGUCAAUUGAAAACGAUAACUCACAACCAAUAUGUGCCGCCCUUUUGGUCCUACGGAGUACACGUGUGCGAUCAAUCGCGGACGGGCAAUCUGACGGCAAUCCAGGAGGACAUCGAAGCCCUGCAGACGAAUCGAAUAAUCUUCGAUUCACACUGCAUCAACGAUGAUCUGUUUUGGUUGUCCAACAGCAUGUCGAUAACCGGUCAGCUGGAGGGUAUAAUGCAGCUUCUGUCCGACAAUGGAAAACGUUUCCUUGCGUCCGUUGUGAUGGUAUUGGAACCGACGGGAAAUACAGUCUAUACAACCGCUCGGAAUUACGGACUGCUGUUGAGGAAUUCUUACAACAUCGCACCCUAUCGAGGGGUAGCGCGCAAUCGAACGGUGGUCUACGUCGAUUGGCGUACGGAGCAAGCGAAACUGAGUCAGUGGUUGAGUCGAACGUGGGAACGAGUUUCCAACUUGAAGGCAUCCGGCUAUAGCUUGAGAGAAACCGCUUUGCGGGACGACGGAAAUAAAACCUACCCAAAUGCAGGUCAACUGGCGUAUCUUCCGGAUGAGUUAAACAGUUCGAUUGUCGAUCUGAUUCGUUGGGAUACCAAGCUAUGCGAUAGUAUGGAGAUGCUGAUCAAGAGUCAGAACCGAAUUGGUCCGGCGAUGGUGAGAGCAGUGCAACGGGAAAUAGGCGGUGAAGGGACAUUGCUGAUCACCGGAGCGUACGAUAUUAACCUCAAAGCAGCCAUUUUGGCUCAAAACGUGUCGGCAAAUUGGAUUUCGUUGCGAAAUGAAGUGAAUAGAGCGAUCGGUCUCUCGGUGGCUGGCUUUAGUUUUAUUGGAACACCUGUUUGCGGAAACGCCGGUGAUAACGUUACGGAAGAGCUUUGCAUUCGGUGGUACCAGUUUGGGUCACUUCUACCGCUGUUCAAGGUUACCGCCGACCGGACCGCAAACCGAUUUAGUCUAUUCGCACAGCGAAUUAUGCUGUCCACCGUACGAAAGCGCUUCGCGCUGUUGGAAUACCUCAACACGCUGAUCGUAACCGAUUCGGCCUAUUUGCGUCCGAUGUUUUUCCACUACGACGAGGCCCGAAACUUCACCGUAGAACUUUGGGAGCAGUUCAUGGUCGGUAGUGCUCUGCUGGUGGCUCCGGUGCUGCUUCCGCAGAUGACACAAAUUGACAUUUAUUUUCCGGAAACGUUCUACGAGCUGUGGUCCGGUGAAGAGCUUCCGACCAACGACGUUCUACACUACUCGGUUGUGGAGUCUGAUUUGCCGAUGUUCCUGAGACCCGGCCAUAUGGUAGCUCUACGGGAGGUAUCCGACGAUGUUCUGGCAGUCGAAGAAGCCCGCUUACAGACGAUGUAUCUGAUUGGGGCAUUUGGAUGCAACCUUCGUAGGACACGUUGUGAAUCAGUCGGUUCGGUGGUUUUUACUGUGGGGCUAAAACUUGACUACAGUGCUGUUUUGGAAGAGGAGCUUAUCGUUCGCAUCCAGCUGACAGCAGACAGUGUCAGUUUAAUAGAAAUGGCAUGUUCGUCAACCGCAAAGACUCUUUCCGGCGAAAUAAGUUUCGUUCAAUUGUACGGACAUCCCAAUCGUACCGAACCUCUAGUCGAACAGUUGAGCUUCGAUUUGUGUCAGUUAGAAACCGGCGAACUGGAAAAAGUCUAUCGUUUUCCAAACACAAACAGAAAUGAAAUCGUGAUCAAUAAAUAA